AUGCAUCAAGACAAAAUGAAAACAGCUGCUACAGAGCCUGAUAUCCAAACCCAACUUCUACUAGAAAGAAUUUCCAGACUAGAGGUACAUCUAGAAGAUCUAUGCCACAUUGCUGCACUCCAAGCAGACCAGACUUGGCAUGGUGAGUGUGAACAAAUGCAGUCACAUGAGAAAAAUCGCACUCCUAUGGACUCUGCUACAUCAGAGCCAAUUGACACUGUACCUUUAAACACAAAAGCUGUUCCUGAUGAGCCUAUGAUUUUAGCAUCUGCAAGAAAAUUAUCCUAUGCUACCAGCAGGGUCCGUCUACCAACAGCACCUGUGCCACAACCUAAAGAGUCAAUGCAAUGGUCUUGCCAGAUCAUCUUUUAUGAAGACAGGAACUUCCAAGGACGCUCCUAUGAGUGUAACUCUGAUAGCUCCAACUUACUGUCUCUUUUCAAUCAUUGUGGCUCAAUCCGUGUUGAACACGGUAACUGGAUGAUCUACGAGUUUCCUAAUUUCAGGGGAUGUCAGUUUUUCUUGAAGAGAGGCGAAUAUCCUGAUUUUAACCAAUACCUGGGCUUUGGAGAUACCAUCAGAUCCUGCAGAAUUAUUCCCCAGCAAACAUCAUGCAAGCUUAGAGUCUAUGAGAAAGAAGACUUCAAAGGCCAAAUGAUGGAAUUCACAGAAGAUUGUCCACAAGUUUAUGAGAAAUUCCGCUACCAUAACAUCCACUCAUGCAAUGUCCUUGAAGGCCAUUGGAUAUUUUAUGAUGAGCCUAACUAUAAGGGUCGUCAGUAUUACCUGAAGCCAGGAGAAUACAGGAGAUGCAGUGACUGGGGUGCAGUAAACAGUAGGGUUGGCUCUUUUAGAAGAGCCACAGACUUUCAAUAA